GCUCUGUGGCAGCCUGCCACAUUUCACAAUUCGCCCACGCAUGGAUCGAUCGACAACAGCGUUCCUCGCGCAGCUCGCGGGCGAGGCCCAGCGCUACGACGAGAUGGCGGCCCUCGCUACGCAGCUCCUCGCGUUUCCAGCGCCACUGCAAAGCGACGAGUUUGACCUGCUCGUCAUCGCGUUCAAAAACCUCGUGGGACCCCUUCGGCUCGCGUGGCGCGUCACUGCCUCCAUUCAAGAUGCCAAGACGACGUGGUCGGCCGCGCGCGCUUCGGAUCUGACUGCGUACCGCGCGCAGAUCGCCGCCGAGAUCAAGUCGACGUGUGAGACGUUUUUGUCUCUCCUCAGUGACCGCCUCGUGCCCGAGGCGCCGACGGUCGACGCCAAGGUGGCCUACUUGAAGACCCAAGGCGACUACUACCGGUACAUGGCCGAAGUGUUCAUGUACGACAAUGCUACGUGGGCGGAGCGCGGUGCGAUGGCCUACAAUGACGCAUGGACAAUCGCCGUCGUGGAGCUGGCACCGACGAGUCCGACGCGGCUUGGCCUUGCACUCAAUUUUGCGGUCUUUCUUUACGAGAUUGGCAACGCGCGAGACGCGGCCGUAGCAUUUGCACAGAGCGUUUUUCGCGAUGCCCUCGACGACCUCGACAGCCUCAGUGACCACAAGGCGUAUCAGUGCGCCGCCAUGAUCAUGCAAGCGCUUCGCGGCAACAUCGCGGUCUGGACCGCCGACGAUGGCGUCGUCUAG